AAAUUGCCGCUUUCUCAAUGGCGGGAUUUCCGAGCUGGCCCUAGCUCCUGAGGGCUGAAGUGGAGAGGGGCGAAUAGGGACACACUGUCCUUUGCCCUUUCCCUCCGCGAGCAGAAGCCAACUCCGCAGGAGCGAGGGCCGCGGAGCUGGGUUAGCGAAAAUGUCCCUCCAGGCGUGAAGUCUCAGGGCUCGGCUGGAGUCGGAGGGAGCGGAGGUCUCCCAGCUGGGCCCGUCUGCGUCCUUCGUGAACUCACCUGUGGUGGAGCGAGAAGGAAUUUGGGAAGGGCCAGGGGUUCCUCCGGACUUUCUCUUAGCUGUCAUUUUGGCGGCUUUUUUACUUUAGGGGAUUCCAGUCUCGUCGUAGUUUUGGAUCCAGAAUUGAAGAAUGAUUCGUGAAGGGAAUGGAUGACAGCGUCAACACGACAUUUUAUCGACCAUGGAUUCUUACAAUGCACCAGAAUCAACUCCUAGACAAAAUGCAACCUCAAGGCUUAAAGAUUACUUUAUAGGUGCCACCCCUCUGCAGAAACGAUUAGAAUCAGUCAGAAAGCAGACUUCAUUUGUCCCGACUCCACCUCGAAGGAAACUUCCCCAGUGUUCACAGUUACAGGAAGAUGUUGAUCCUCAAAAGGUUGCAUUCCUUCUGCAUAAACAAUGGACUUUAUAUAGUUUAACUCCCUUAUAUAAAUUCUCCUAUACUAAUUUCAAAGAGUAUUCUAAACUUCUGAGUGCAUUUAUUGCUGCUGAAAAGCAAAAAGGACUUGCUGUGGAAGUGGGAGAUGACUUCAACAUCAAAGUGAUUUUCUCUACUCUCCUAGAAAUGAAAGGAACACAGAGGGACCCUGAAGCAUUUCUUGUCCAGAUCCUAUCAAAAUCUCAAUUGCCUUCUGAACACAGAGAAGGUAAAGUGUUGUGGACUGGUUGGUUCUGCUGUAUAUUUGGAGAUAGUCUUCUGGAGACUGUUUCAGAAGAUUUCACCUGCCUACCUUUAUUCCUUGCAAAUGGAGCAGAGACUAAUACAGCCAUAAUUGGAACCUGGUUUCAGAAAACUUUUGACUGUUAUUUCCGUCCCUUAGCAAUCAGUGCGUUUAAUCUUUCCUGGUUGGCUGCUAUGUGGACUGCAUGCAAAAUGGACCGUUAUAUGGCUACCACUGAAUUUCUUUGGUCUGUACCCUGUAGCCCUCAAAGUCUGGACAUUUCUUAUGCCAUACAUCCAGAGGAUGCCAAAGCUUUGUGGGACAGUGUCCAUAAAACACCUGGGGAAGUUACUCAGGAGGAAGUUGACUUAUUCAUGGAUUGCCUGUAUUCACAUUUCCAUAGGCAUUUCAAAAUCCAUUUAUCAGCCACAAGAUUGGUUCGUGUUUCAACAUCUGUAGCUUCAGCACAUACUGAUGGAAAAAUAAAGAUUCUGUGUCAUAAAUACCUUAUUGGAGUUUUGGCAUAUUUGACAGAAUUGGCGAUUUUUCAAAUUGAGUGAGGCCUUGUGGGGACUAUACAUUAUGGAUUCUAUACUUUUUUCUCACUGAUAAUCUGCUGAAUUGCAAUGCUGAGAGGGACUGCAGAAGAAAUGGGCAUCUCUCUCUGCAUGUUUUCCUUACAGUGCCUUGGAAAUACCCAGAUGACAGUCAAGAAGUGUCUAGAAGAACAAAGAAGGUGGUAGUAGAUGAACUACAGCCAGGUGCUCAUGUAACAGUCAUGAUCGUCUGGGAGCCAGUCUCUAGAAUAUGCCGAGUUCUUAAUUUGUUGGCCAUCUUUCUAAAUUUAUAUAUGAUGUUUAUUAUGUGAAACUUUUAGGAUUGAAGUGAGAUAUCUUUAAUGUUGACUAUUUCUGAUUUGCAUCUUUAAAACCUUUAAUCACUAAUUUUAAGCGUUUUAGACUUACACUUAGAAUUUGUCUUCUGUAGGCAUUUUCAUAGCAUUGUUUUGCUGUAGAGAACUGGCAAUCAAAAUCCUUCCCAAGGGAAACUAAAGUUUACUAUACAUUUUUUUAAGCCACUAAUAUGCUUCUGUUUUUAAUACUGUUCAAUUCUUACUGCAAUGUUGAAUUAAAUAUUCACUUUUAAAAUGAAGCAUGUGUUUAUCGGUAUCUUGGUGACAGAUUUUUAAUUAAUUUCUCAGGAAUGGGAAGCUUUAGGCUUUUUCUGUAGCACAAAGGUUACACAACAACUGUACGGGAUCAUACAAAUUGUAGAGUUGAAAGACACCUGUGAGCCUCUUUUGAGGGCAGAAAUUAUAUUACUUAACUUUCGUGUUCCUAUUUUGCUUUAGCACAGUGCUUGGUAAAUAUCUGUAGCUUGCUUAAGUAAAUUAAUUUUAACCAACUCUUUGAUUUUACAGAU